AUGGCCGACCUAACAAUGGAUUGUGCCUCACCGGGAUCGGCGCCGAUUGCCGAGUCAUCUACGAACUCGAAUGGGCUAAGAACGAAAAGCGCGUCCGCUGGAAAGUGGACAUCCGAUUAUGCACCAUUGCCGGUCUCCCUAUGCAGUCUCAAUCUACUUGACUCGGGCAUCUUAUCCUCGGCAGCUGUGACCACCAUGCUGCAGGAUCUCCAGCUGGACCAUGGCUCGCGCUAUUCCGUGUCCAUCUUCAUCUUUACCAUCGCCAGCGUCGUCUUCCAGCUGCCGUGUACGGUAGCUGUCCGAUUUGUCGGCCCUCGGCUCUGGUUCGCGACAAUCACGUUCCUCUUCGGGCUUCUGACGCUGUGUACCGCGUUCAUCCAUACAUGGCGCCAGAUGAUUGCCCUGCGCAUCUUAUUGGGUAUCUCUAUGUCGGGUAUUUAUCCCGGUCUCACUUAUCUCAUCAGCGCGUGGUACCCGCGGAAAGAACAGCAGCUCCGGUUUGCUUUAAUGCAGACAGGCGAGGUUCUUGGGCUUGCGACGGGCAACAUUGUCAAUUAUGCGCUGAACCACCUCGACGGUAAGGCGGGCAUGGCUGGUUGGCGAUGGAUGUAUCUGGUUCAGGGCCUGAUUGCCUUGGUCAUUGGAAUCAUGACCUACUGGUGGAUGGUGGACUUUCCUGAGAACGCCGCUCGGAGCUUUUGUUUCCUGUCGGAGCGUGAGGCCCGAAUUGCAUCCGAAAGGAUUGAGCAAGAUCGUGCUGAUCUCAUCGCCGAGCCCUUCUCAUGGAGUAAACUGCUGGGUAACUUCACCGACGUUAAGAUCUAUGGCUUUGCUUGCAUGUUUUUUCUUCUUAAUUUGGUCUCCACCUCCCUAUCUUACUUUCUGCCAAUCAUUUUGGAGAAUGGGAUGGGAUUCAGUUCUGACAAGUCGAUUAUUCUUUCAACACCGCCUUACUACUACGCGGUACUUCCAGUUGUUUUAACAUCCUUUUUGGGCGACUACUACCGUAAGCGCGGGCCACUGAUCACGUUUAAUGCUCUAUGCCUGAUUGCUGGCUUUUUAAUGUUUGGGCUUCCUUCCUCGAAGCAGGUUGCGGUUCGCUACGUAGGGACAUUCUUGGCCACCGGUGCCUAUGUCUCCAACUGGGCAGCUCUCAAUGCCUUCCAAGCGAAUAAUGUGACUGGUCAGUGGAAGAGAGCAGCGACCGCAGCUGCAGUCACUGCAUUCAACGGACUUGGUGGCGUAGCGGGGAGCUACAUCGUUCGGCAACAAGAGGCACCGCAGUAUGCAACUGCCGUCUGGGUGUCUAUUGGUUCUCAUAUCUUGCUCAUUGCGCUCGUGGGCGGUUUUAGCGUUUACUUCUACAUUAUGAACAGGCGACAAUCGCGGGGUUUAAUUGUCAUAGAAGGCGUGGUAGGUCCUUAA